AAGACAGACUGCUCCCGGUGCACUCACCAAGUUUAGCAAAGCGCAAAAACUCAUCACUUGCAGUAGCAGACCUCCCCCUCUCCCCAAAACACACCGAGACUUCAGAGGUGAUGCAGCCUCUGUAACGCAGGGACAAGGUAUCGCUGUGCAAGAAAAGGUCCAUCGAAAACAAGGGAUAUUCUGUCUGCAGUUUUCAACCAAACAUGAAACCUCAAUAUUUCACCCAAGUUCUAAUACUUCUGUGCAUAUCUUGUGGUGCAAGUGCACUGGCAACAAGUAUCCCCGCUUUGUCGGCCAAUUUCACCAGUCCUGGCGCAGCGCACAGCCAUGGAACAGACACCACGACUAUUUCUAAAGCCAGGAGGAAGCGAUACAUCAGCCAGAAUGACAUGCUCGCUAUUCUUGAUUACCAUAACAAAGUGAGAGGGAAGGUGUUUCCACCAGCAUCAAACAUGGAAUACAUGGUGUGGGACGACACCCUGGCUAAGACGGCAGAGGACUGGGCUCAUGCCUGCCUGUGGGAGCACGGGCCGCCUCACCUCCUCCGUUUCCUCGGUCAAAACCUCUCUGUCAGGACGGGACGCUAUCGAUCCAUUCUGCAGCUGGUAAAGCCAUGGUAUGAUGAGGUCAAAGAUUACUCUUUUCCAUACCCUCGUGACUGCAACCCCCGGUGCCCACUCAGAUGUUAUGGACCCAUGUGUACCCAUUACACUCAGAUGGUGUGGGCAACAUCCAACAAAGUGGGCUGCGCAGUUCACACAUGCCAUAAUAUGAACGUAUGGGGUUCAGUGUGGAAACGGGCAACUUAUUUAGUCUGCAACUACUCACCAAAGGGUAACUGGAUCGGAGAGGCCCCCUACAAAGUAGGCGUCCCCUGCUCUGCCUGCCCUCCCAGCUACGGAGGCUCCUGCAACAACAACAUGUGCUUCCCCGCUCUCAAGACAAACUACCUGCACUGGUUCAAAUAAACACAGGUUUUCCUUUUUGACAUAAGCUAACACCCUGCAGUACCACAGAGACAGUACUUCAAUCCUUUAAGGAUUUGCACAACAGUCUUGGACCACACUAUUUUGUAUAUAUGGGCUUAUUUAAAGACACAAACAUACAUUUGAAGGCAGCAUAUGAUUUUAAAAUGAUGACUUGUAAAUAAACUGUAAAUUUAUUUCAUUUGUACCAGAAUUGCUAUGGGAAUUUUAAUUGAUUGGAUAUAAUUUAUGUGUAGAGUGGGUCCUUAAACACAGAAUAUAUUGUAUGUGGUGCUGCGUUUUCACUGUGUGUUUUACCAUUGACAACAUGCUAAUUAAGGUCAUAACAGGAUCAUAGCUGCUCAUACCUGCUCACUCUGGUGCUACGGGCAUCACACCUUCAUGUUGUGUGCUCUGCCUACACAGGAAUGUUUGUGAUGUUGACAUCAAAGCUUUUGACCUCAGAGGCUGAAAACCCUACACUGGUGGCGUCAGCUUUGUGGCCACCCGAGGUCAAACAAACUUCGGCAUUAUUGAAAUUUCCAUUCAUGUCCCGCAACAAAUUAGCAAGGUUUGUUGACACAAGUGCACUUACAGCAAACUGAAAUGAAUUGACAAAAAGAAGUCCGACUUGGUGGUCUCUUUAAACGCCCAGUGUCAUCAUAGAUUAUGCCUCUAAUGUCAAAAGCCCUUUUUGUUUCAACAUAUUCAGUUAAAUCUGCACUGAUUCCCUUGUAUUUCAUUACAGACAUGACACUAUAAGAGUUUCAAACUUUUGAGUCAUACUUUAUACUAACUAGAGCACAUACAUUAAGUCUGACCCUCAUAUCUGUUUGCUAAUCAUAUUUGAACAUUGUGUAAUGGUAUGUUGUACACCAAUAUAUUGAUAUGUCUGACAAACCCUUUGUUCAUAUUUUGUUCUGAUCACUGAUGUAGUUUUUUUUUUUCUUCCUGGCACUCAAGUGCACCUUAAUCUUUUGUAAACUGCCAAAAUACUUGGAAAUGAUUAUUUUUUUGUACAUGUAGAUAAUCAUAAUACCUUGUCUAUCCUUAAAAAAAAAACAAGUAUACUGUAAGUUAUUCAUUUUUAUAUGGGGAAAAUAUUUAAUUGAUUGUAUUUUUUUAUUGUUUUGUAAAAGGAUUGUAAAUAUGUCCAACUGAUUAAAAAGUGCUGAAUAAGGUUCAAUCGCA